AUGUCUUUACCACACACAAAAAUUGUAUUGUUAUUUAUUUGGAGCAACCUUAGCACAGUUGUCUACGCCCCCUGUCUCAAUGCCGGAACAUGCACGGUCCUGUCUUACCUGACGUCCUCCUACAGCUGUCAGUGUCUGCCUGGAUACACGGGCAACAACUGUGAACUAGUGGACGAAUGCGCCAGCUCACCGUGCCAGAAUGGAGCGUGUGUGGACAGCAUCGGCUCCUUCAGAUGCCAGUGUUUCCCAGGAUUCACAGGGACGCUGUGUGAGCUGGCUAACAGAUGCUUUUCUGGCUCGUGUCUGAAUGGGGGAGAGUGCAGAGUUGCAAAUGGACAAGCCACCUGCACAUGUCAAAAAGGUAUAUUUCUUAUGAUAUGCACA